AUGUCCGAACAGAAGCCCAACAAUGACAGCCUCCCGGUUCCUCAGAGCCCCGGGGCGAAGACGAGGUUGGAUGAUACGUUAGAAAACACAGAUGAAGCCUAUCACAACCUCUCAAUAGACGGCAAGGCGUCUUGGUCACACGACCACACUAAGGGAAUCUCGACACUGCCAGACCCGGAUUCACUCAGAAGAUUUUCGGCCAGCCCAUUUCAGAAUGGAAGGGUCUCACCAUUACCAGGAGCGAGCCACCCUCCGCCGACGAUACAGCCGCUCAAGCAGACGACGAAACUGGAGCAGUUUUGGCUGGUCAACAAGGGCGUCGUCUUGGUGGCCCUAUCACAACUUUUCGGCGCCCUCAUGAACCUGACGGCACGACUCCUCGAGCUUGAAGGCGAGGGCAUGCACCCGCUCCAAGUCCUCUUCGCCAGGCAAAGCGUUACUAUGAUCUGCUGUUGUGCCUACAUGUACUACAUGAAGACCCCUGACUUCCCCUUCGGCAAGAGGGAUAUCAGGUGGCUCCUCGUCGUGAGAGGCGUGACGGGCUUCUUCGGCAUCUUUGGCAUGUGGUACUCGAUGAUGUACCUCCCACUUGCUGAGGCAACUGUCAUUACCUUCCUGGCCCCAAGUGUCGCCGGCUACAUCUGCUACCUCGCCUUCCGUGAGCCCUUCACCCGCAACGAGCAGAUCGGUACGGUGAUCGCAUUCUUCGGUGUCGUCCUCAUCGCCCAUCCGACCUCGCUCUUCUCCGGCGACUCGACGUCCUCCGCUGCCGCCACCGUGCCGGAACAGCACGCCUCGAACAACGGCACCAUGACCUCGACGCUGCCUGGUCUGAACCACCAGACUACGACGGCGGAGCGGCUGACGGCCAUUGGGGUUGCAAUAGUCGGCGUUUUCGGCGCCGCAGGGGCGUUCACGUCGAUUCGGUGGAUCGGGAAGCGCGCGCACCCGCUGCUCUCCGUGAACUACUUUUCGACGUUGAGCACCAUCGUCUGCACCAUCGUGCUCACCGCCGCGCCGCUGCUCGACAUCGGGCAGCCCGCGCUGCAGUGGGGUCUGCCCCAAACGGGACGGCAGUGGCUCUUCAUGCUGCUGUUGGGGAUGUUCGGGUUCAUCAUGCAGUUCCUCAUGACGGCGGGGCUGGGGACGGAUCGCUCAAACAGGGCGAAUGCCAUGGUGUACACGCACAUGCUCUUCGCCGCGGGCUUCGACCGAUUCAUCUUCGGGAACGUGAUGGGAUGGAUGAGUCUUGCUGGCUGCGGGCUUAUCAUCGGGAGCGCGCUGUGGGUCGUCCUGACCAAGAGGACGCCCGCAACGAAGAGGGACGCCGUGGCGGAUGUGGAAGUCGCGAACGUCCGAGACACCGAAGCCGUUCCGAUGUUGGCGGACAUGGACGGUGGGAGGGACGAAGACUUUGAGCUUGAGAGAGUGAGAUGA